UACUUUGUAGCUUCAUACUUUCGUUUGCCGUGAAGAGUGCGAUACAGAUAAUAUGUAGAAAAAAAUUUAGUUCUUUGCAGAUAAUACUUCUGAAAUGGCCACGUAAAUGGUCUAAAUUCAUUGCAUGUAUUGCAAAAUAUAUGGAAAUGACUGAUCUUUCGUAUAUUGAUGUCAGAUAGACACAAUUCUGCAAACUUCUAUUUUUAUGUUGAUCCGAUGAAAAACUAGAACAAGGACAGUGUUGCACAGGUGAAUAUUCGGACUUUUAACUACGAAAUACGGUGACGAUGAAGGUAUAUCGCCAAGCACAAAAAUCCCAGUAGCAGAGAGGAGGGCGUGUCACAACACACUAGUAAGCAACGCUCCCGAAUUGCUUCGAUUUAGAGGUCAUCCAUCCGGUCGCCCAUCUACGUUCAGUAUUUGUGAUACGCGAAGUUCACCGGCUCCAGGGAGACGGAUGUCACCGAUGGUGCACUGCCAGGAAAGCCAGAACGUGCUUGGCAGAACGGAAAGAGAGUGCCGCUCCUUUGUGACGUGACCCUAUCCCAUGCAUCUGCUCUUCAUGCGAUCAUCUUUCACGGCUGUGAGCGGAUUUUUAAGCAAAAUACACACAUUGGAAAAACUGUCCACUGGCGAGAAGAAAUAAAGUUCUUCUCACUCGUCCGAAAUGACCGAGAUAAAAAACAAAGACAGAAUUUUGGAAGCGAUUGACCAACUCCGUCGUCGUAAAGCGAGACCUGAUAUUGACAGAAUCUGUAAUUUUGUGUUCAGAAGAUUUGGAGUGGACUGUAAAGACACACUAGCCGAUUUGCAGAGGCUAGUAGAGGCUGAAGUUGUCAUAAAAGUAGAAUACAAAGGGAACACGAGUUACAGAAAUGCAGCAAAAUGGUCAAAGUAUGCCAUGUACAAACACAGGGAACUGCGUAACAGCACGGGCUCUACGGAGAUUCACAACAUUCUGAGUCGAGCAUUCGCGUCCUUGCUGGUGGAGGACCCAGAUUACCUGGACAUCGGUGUGCCCAGGACGGAACUGGAAAGGUUUAUGCUACAAGACGAUCCUCUGACGGAUUUGACGGAAAUAGAACUGAUUCUGACGAAGGAAACCAGCUCGGGAUUUCUGGUCAAGCUGAAGAACGGGAAUUACUCCCUCGCGGACCAUCCCGUGCCACCGAGUACUAGCCCGAAGAGUACUUCCCCCGUGAACAAUACCUCCAUCACCGUCCAGGCCAAAGGCACGCAGCAGAGCAUUAGCGUGAAUGCUGCCGAGAAGCCGCCAAAGUUGAAAACGAGCAGCCCUCAUAAGGAGAAGAAACCAAAGAUAGAGGCACUGCCGCCUCCUGCGAUCACAACCACUACAGUUACUACCUCGUCGCCAGUGGCCACUACGACCACCUCGACGGCAACUGCACCGACGACAGCAAGCAUGGCGAAAACACCGACGAAAAGUGCACCGAAAACGCCUCAAAAAGCAGCCGCUGCGAGUGCACAGGCGUCAGGGAGCGGCAAAUCGGCAGAGCUCGGCGCCAUCAAUGUCGGCGGCUACAGAGUCGGAGUACGGAGAAAGACGGCGAAAAAGGUGUUCGAUCCUUCGGACAAUUACACGCCGACACGGAAACGUGGUCGUCCGGCUGGAAGUGGUAGUAGCAGCAAGAAGGAAGUGCAGCAGACAGGCGGCGUAUGCUGUCUCUGCAACAGCAGCAGCAAAGACACCAGCACUCGCAAGGCUGCUACCGAGAAAUUACUCCAGUGCAGGGACUGCUCAAACAGAGCCCAUCCAAGUUGCAUAGUCGGAAAAAACAGUGGGAAGGAAAAACCACAGUUGAAUCAAUGGGUUUGCCAUGGCUGUAAAUUGUGUGCUUUCUGCUUUGAGACAAGUGAAAAUGAAGCAAUGGCAGUUUGUGUGGAGUGUGGAGAUGCAUACCAUUUGACAUGUCACAACCCACCUAUAACUGAAGAACAGUGGCAUACUAAGUGGCUGUGUUCUUCUUGUGAUGAUAUUGACAAGGCUGAUAUCAAGCCUCCUGUUGAUAUCAAACCACCUGUUGACAUCAAGCCUCCUGUCGAUAUCAAGCCACCUCUCGAUAUCAAGCCGCCCCUGGAUAUCAAACCAACAAUAUCAAAAGUUACUACAGCAGCAGAAGUUACAUCAACUACUGCACCAGACAAAAUUAAACGUUUAAUAGAAGAAGAUCCGUUUUUUAAAAAGUAUGUUCCAAAAGAAAAAACUCCUGACCCUACAAAUUGGACAGUAGAUGAAGUUUGCAAGUAUUUGCAGGAACACGGCUGUGCUGCUCAAGCAGAAGCUUUUCGGCAUCACGAAAUUGAUGGAAGGUCAUUGUUGUUGCUAACACGUCGUGAUGUGCUGUAUGAACUUGGUCUUAAAUUGGGCCCUGCCCUCAAAGUUAAUCACUUUGUGCAACUAUUACAGAAGAAAGACAUCAGAAAAGUUUUCCCAUUCAAUGAAAUGUUGCGUUAAACAGAAUGGAAAUUGUGAUCAGUGGCUCUAAAAUGAUCAUCCUAGUGUUGAUUUUCAAUGAUGUCAUUACUGGCAUGAAGAUGCUAAAGGCAGAUAUAAAAGUUUCUGUGUUUUCCAUAUUUAGUGAGUAGUUGGUGGUCUCUGUGAUGUAAUUUUUCUAUGCCAAAGCAAGAAAGACAAUAAAAAGUCUGACAAUUACUUUAGAUUGUAAAGUUAUACGGAAGAUUUAAUAAAAUCUGAUGAUAAAUA